AAGAAGAAACCGAACCCAUUCUACUUAACUAUUAUUAUUCAAGCGGAAACACUAGACUAGAGAAUCCACGUGGUGACUAAUUUAUCUCAAAGCGCAGGCGCAGUGUAGUUUUCUCUUCUCCCAUUGGCCGGACGUACCGGUAAAUGACUCAACUCGCACCGAACGAUAAAUAGCGAGCGGUUGUUUCAUUCUCGUCAGUCAUGCCAAAGUGAGUAGCGACGUUUAUCGUCGAUCCUUACAAACAUGUUCUCCCUUCUGGUUCUAGUCUUGGCCCGCGCGCUCCUCGUUAAGGCAACGUCCGAGUUCAUUUCCACCCCCGUCCAGGCCAUGAUGUAUUUGCAACGUUUCGGAUACAUGGACCAAACGAAAGGAAAUUCGGCUUCUCUCCUGACAGAAGACUCCGUCAAAUUAGCUAUUAAGGACUUCCAAAGAUUCGCGGGUUUAAACGAAACAGGUAUCUUAGACAAUCAGACUCUGGUUAUGAUGAAUGUGCCUCGCUGUGGAGUCCGAGAUCGUGUCGGUCACGGGGAUCUGGCAAGAAAGAAACGUUACACACUUCAAGGCAGUAGAUGGAGAGUGACUGAUUUAACUUAUCGCAUUAGCAAAUAUCCAAGGAGGCUGAAAGACCGACAGAAAGUAGAUAAAGAAAUUGCCAGAGCAUUCAAAGUUUGGAGUGAUAUGACCCCUCUCAAUUUCACUGUUCGAAAGAGUGGUAGAGUUCAUAUCGAUGUGAGAUUUGAAGUAGGAGAGCAUGGAGAUGGUGAUCCUUUUGAUGGGCCAGGAAAAACUCUAGCUCAUGCAUUCUUUCCCCAAUUUGGUGGAGAUGCACAUUUUGACGAUGAAGAAAAGUGGACGAUCAAUGAAUAUUCAGGAACCAAUUUGUUUCAAGUGGCUGCACAUGAGUUCGGCCACUCGUUAGGUCUGUCACACUCCGACGUUAAAUCUGCUUUAAUGGCACCUUUCUACAGAGGUUAUCAAUCUACCUUUCAAUUAGAUGAAGAUGACAUUCUUGCUAUUCAAGCUCUUUAUGGUGAUAACAGAGAUAAGCCUUCUCGUCCUGCACAACCAGAAACAGGUCAUAAGCCUAGACCAAAACCAGACAAUGGAGAUGCUCCUGAUCUCUGCCAGGAUGCAAAUAUGGAUGCUGUAACUAGGACUCAAGAUGGAAAUACUUAUGUCUUUAAAGGCGAUUAUUACUGGCAAAUACUUGAAGAUGGUAUUGCUGAUGGAUAUCCUCGCCUCAUUUCUGAAGACUGGGAAGGUCUACCAGGUAACAUUGAUGCAGCUCUUACUUGGACAGAUGGAAAAACUUUCUUUUUCAAGAAAGAUCAAUAUUGGAGAUUUAUGAAUAAAAAGAAAAGCAGUGGCUAUCCAAAAUCACUUAGUGUUGGGUUUACUGGUAUACCAAAUAAUGUUGAUGCUGCAUUUGUAUGGAGUGGUAAUGGGAAGACUUAUUUCUUUAAAGGAAAUCAAUAUUGGAGAUUUGAUAGCAGGAAUGAUCCACCCGUGAGUGAUAGGUAUCCUCGGCCUAUAAGUAAUUGGAAUGGUUUACCCGAUAGAGUUGAUGCUGCCUUCCAGUGGAAAAAUGGACGGACUUAUUUCUUUAAAGGAAAAAAUUAUUAUAGAUUUAAUGACAGGACUUUUGCUGUUGACAGUAGUGAUAAUCCAUAUCCACGUUCAACAGCAGUCUGGUGGUUUGAUUGUAGAUCUAUUUCACAAACUCAACCUAGAAGUUUGGGACUGACGGUUGAUACAGAAUCUAUUGAAGAGAAUGAGAGAAAAAUAGUACCAGUUGAUAGCAAUGGUGAGGGAAGUUAUAACUAUGAUUUGCUUCAAAAUGGAGCAGGCAAGGAAGCUAGUCCAAUACCUAAACAUUCUCCUCAACUUGGUAGUGAUAAUGGCAAUAACGGGUCCAAAACUCUUUCUUCAGUUUUAUCAACUGUUCUCCUACUGUGUGGAAUUUAUCUUAUGAUAUAAUACGAAUUGACACAUGAAGUGCUUUUAAUGUCAUUAGUGCCGAAUUUAACGGCAAAACAAAACUUGGUUUUAUGUAUGUAAAUUAAUUGAGCCGAGAAUGUCUGACUGGUCAGGCGCUCAAUGCAACAAAAAAGAAAAAGAAAUUUACAUUAAGUUCUAUGCUGAAAGUCAUAUUGUUUUUUCAUUGCACAAGAUGUUAUUGAAUGUUGUUUAUUGUUAUCAAAGUGUCAAACCUUAUUUUGACUAUACAUAACUAUAUUCUCAUUAAAAAUGGAUUUUUAUGCUGCUGAAAUAAGAUUAAAAACAUUAUUCAUAAAUCUGGCUGGUAACCAGAUUUAUAAAUAAUAAUCCUAAGGUUUACAGGAAAAAAGAAAAAUAACUUUUUGAUAGGAGCAUAUAGGCAGCAUAAAUUUCUUUUGAACCUAUCAUUCUUCAAGGCCACAUUUUGUAAAUUGGCGUUAACUCUGUCCGUCCGUUUUUAUUCUUCAUCUACAUGUAUUGUAUGGAUGUUUAUAUAUAUAUAUAUUGUAUAUUUUAUAUUGUGUUGAUCACAGUUAUACAUUUAUAUAAUAAUCUUCUACUCAGAAUAACAUUUUAAAAGAAAUGUAAAAAUAGUCUUAUACUGUAUUA